AUGUAUCCUGAUAUCCGGUUUGGCUUCAUUAUGAUUAGUUAUUACAUCAUCAGUCGCAAUACACCCCUCCCCCCUACUGCAGAGCACCAUCAGUGUAUCCCAGGGGUCCUCACACCCCACCUGCCAUGCCCCUCUGAGUCCACGUGGCAAAGCCUUUGUCAUCGCCCAGAAAUGCCACCCCCAAAUCCUCCAACCUCCACCCUGCCAUCACCAGAGACUACCCUGGGGAAAGAGAUUGACUUCCCCCUUCUCCCCCAAUCCUCCCCCAUGGUCUACCCACUGCAAACCAACUCACAGCAAAGCUGCAACAUCUCAACCUCCCAAUGGAAGAGUCUUCUACUAGUUCCAACUACUGUGGAUGAUGAGUUUUACAGGGACAUGAAUGAAGAUGAUGAGUUUUACAGGGACAUGAAUGAGGAUGAGUUUUACAGGGACAUGAAUGAAGAUGAUGAGUUUUACAGGGACAUGAAUGAAGAUGAGUUUUACAGGGACAUGAAUGAGGAUGAGUUUUACAGGGACAUGAAUGAGGAUGAUGAGUUUUACAGGGACAUGAAUGAAGAUGAUGAGUUUUACAGGGACAUGAAUGAGGAUGAGUUUUACAGGGACAUGAAUGAAGAUGAUGAGUUUUACAGGGACAUGAAUGAAGAUGAUGAGUUUUACAGGGACAUGAAUGAGGAUGAGUUUUACAGGGACAUGAAUGAGGAUGAUGAGUUUUACAGGGACAUGAAUGAGGUGUAUUUCAAGACAGUUUUUUUUCUUCAUCUCUCCUAAGAAUGUGUUGUCUGUAAAAAGCUGCAGCUCUGGCUCAGACUGGCAUACAGCAACCCAAAUGUAGUCUUAACGGGCAGUUUGUCUGUCGCCUCAGUCAUUAUCUUUAGGAGAAGUUUUGUUGGAAAAUGUAUUAUUGUUACUAUUUAUUUGUUAUAUUUGAUGUUUUUGCUAACUCUUUAUGCAGAACAUUCAUCUCAUGUCUUUGGGAGAAAUCGUGGUCAUGAAAAUGAUAGCUGACACACUUGUGAUUGAAUUAUGUUUUCACACAGAUGGUGGCAAUUUGGCUGAGACCGUAUACUAAAAAAGAUUCAGUAUUUUCUUGAUUGAAUCGAUACAUUACUAAAUCUGGUAAAUUGGAAUAUUAGUUAACAUGAAAUUAGGUUAUGUACGUAAAACAGUACAUCAAACCGAAAUAUUAAUACAAUAUUUGUCUUUAUACCUUUCAGCUAUGAAUAUUCUAUUUAAGAAAGUUACCAACAUUGUUAAUCUGUGGUAUUCCACAUGAUCCAUUCCACUCAAGUUAAGACUGAGAUUUCCUGUAGUUCUGGUUACCUAUACUAUACCUCUACAGAGGAAUCAUUAUUUGUACCAUUGUCAUAAUAUUGUCAUAAUCGGUAACAUACUCUGCAGGGGUUGACUGACUAAAUGAAUGAAACAGCAA